AUGAGUUGUCGAUGUUCGAUUGGAAUUUUAAUAACCUGGUGUUUAUUUUCAUUGCUGGCUUGUAGCGAGAUAUGUGAACCGACGGAUGAACUUUUGUCCUGCUUUACUAAAAUCUUGUCUUUUGAAGCGAUCGGAGAGAUACAUCGGAAUCUUGAUGGCGAUAAAAAUGGAGAAGUGGACUAUUCUGAGACAGAGAAGUUUCUGAGAAAGGAAUUCAAUUCCGCUGAUGCGGUUAAGAAGUCCCGCAUACUAAGCAGUGAUGAUCCUCUGAUUAGUCUCACGGAUUUGUGGCAGAUGUGGAGAAACAAUCCAGCAUUUAACUGGACUGUAAAAGAUACCAUUCAAUGGUUAACGGGUCCAGUAGAUCUUCCUCAAUAUGCUGAUGUAUUUCGUCAACAUCAUGUGGAUGGACGUUCACUACCUCGCCUGGCUAUGCAAAAUAUGAGUUACUUAACAGAUGUACUGCGAAUUCAAAAUCCAAUUCACAAGAAAAAGCUGAUGCUUCGGGCUCUAGAUAUCAUCCUAUUCGGACCUCCAAGGCACUCAGUGUUCUCAUCGGUAAAUGUAUCCUUUGUCACAUUAUCGCUAGGAUUAUUGUGCAUUUCAGUUGCCAGCCUCUCACAUUGGUUUUGUCAUGCAUCAAGUAAUUCUGAAAAACAACCAGCUGGUAAGAAACAAGAAAAGUUGGAUUCUGCUGAACAAACGUUAAAACAGCUUCAAAAAAGGUUAAAUGAUGUGGAGCAAUUAAGACAAACAUUGAACGCUUAUGAGUUAAAUCAUCGUUUUACAUCAUCCUCAGCGCUUUUGCCUAUGUCUUCACAAUGUACAAGCCGAGAAAACAUUUCAUCAUGUCAGACAAUGAAUACAAAACCAUACAGUGAAAAAUGUUUACCAAUAAAUAAACAGUCAUUGAAUCAUUUACCGUAUAAUUCAAAUUCUAUUACAGAAUUAACUUUGUUAACUGAUCUGAAUAAUGAUUCUAUUCAUUCUAAUGUAUUGUUAAAUCAAAAUAUCCACUCAGAUUGUGAUCUAGUGACUGCUGAUCAAAUCCACUCCCUUCAACAUCAUCGUAAAGAUGUCAAUUUAAAAGAAUUUAAAAGUAUUGGCAAUUCUUCUGUGAAUGAAUCUUAUUUAGCAGCUAAUGAACUUAAACACUGGCUACAAGUCACUUAUGAAUUAGAACUUAAACGUUAUUGUGAGAAAAAAAUAGAAGCUGAAAAGAAGUUGAAUUUUGCUCGGCAAGCGUGUAAACGUUUUAAUCGUAAACGCUAUAAUGUUUUGGGCUCGCUACGGCUAGUGCAUACAGAUAAUUUAGAUGAAUUGGAAAAGCGUUUAGUUAUUGCUAAACUAGCUUUAGAUCAACUUCAAAGUGAAGUUCAAGAGCGUAUUCAUCGUUGGAGUCGUAUUGAAGCCUUAAGCGGUCACCUCAUACGAACAGAUGUACGUAAUGAACACGGAAAAGGCAUAACUCGUGAUGCAAUAAGUCCAAUACAGUGUUCAAUAGAUAGAAGUAAAUUCUAUGACAAUGAAUUCAAAGAAAGUGAUUCUGAUCACUUAUCUGCAAGUGAACAAACUUUUCCAGAGCCUAAACGUUUAUUCAAACUUAACAGUAAUGACUCAGUAACUAGUUUUGACUUCAUACAUGAUGAAUUAUCUUUCUGCUCUAAAGAUUCAAUGCUACAAUCCUCUAACACAGAGGGUAGUGAUUUUUCAAAAACCAGUAGUAUCCCAAGAAAUUAUUCUUUUGUCAGACCAUUUGCCACCUUGUGGAGACGUAAAACAAAAUCUGGUCGGGGUAAAUCAGAUUCUAAACAGUUAUUAUGA